GCCUUCCUUCUUCUUCUUCUUCUUCUUCAUCCUCCUCACUGUUUAACGCAGAGCGCCUCCGUUUCUUCUCUUCUCCUCCUCUCUCUUUUCUCUCUACACAAAUAUUUUUCCCUUCUUUUUUCAUUCUCUUUAUUCAAUAUAAUCCUUUUGAUUCGCUGGUGAUCGGUACGAGAAACUUAGAAUCACACGAGGAAGCUGUGUUUCGUUUAUCCUCGUUUAAUCGGAAUCGAAAUUUGUUCUGGAGAAGAAAUUUAACGAAUCAUAGAUUCCUGAUACAAAAAAAAAACUAUCACAGAUCGGAAUCGGAAACGUAACCAUUACAUAAUUCGAAUCUGGUUUUCACUUGGGUAUAAUGAUGAGGUAUCAGAGAGUAAGCCCAGAUUGUCUUCCUCUCACAAAUGGAGGUAAGAAGCCUUACUUACGACCAUCACCAUCAAGAGCAACAAACGAAGACACCACCACCACCACCGUCAUUACCACAACCUCAAUCGCCGGAAGAGGAUUUAACGGCGGAUCAUGCACAACCACCACCAACAACACCUCAUCUCUAGACGGAGUCCCCAAAGGAUUCCGAUUCAGAUCCACUCAACAGCAGCAACAACAACAAGAUCCUAGUCCUAGCCGUCGCGGCGGUGAUGUACUGUUACAGUGGGGACAACGAAAACGAUCGAGAGCCUCUAGAGCUGAGAUCCGAUCCACCACCACCAUCACAACCACCGCCGAUGAUUCUUCGUCUUCUUCAGGUCAAGGUAAGAUACAAUCAAACAAACCGCAAAGAAGAUCGAUGAAUCCUUCUAUGCCACCUCCACCACCAGCUCCGCCGAUUUUCUCGGGCCGGAGUACAAACCCUAGAAACGGUUUCGUUAUCGGCAAGGAAUCUUUCUUCCCUUCCAGGAAUCUAGAAGAUCGAUCAGCAAACGGAUCACCAUCAAGGAACAACAUAAACGGCCGUAUGAUAUCCAGAUCGGGUGGCUCAAAGCGAUCUCCACCGUCACCAGACCAAAUCGAGAAGAGAUCAAGCGUUAGAGAUCAGAGACAAAACGGGUUUGAUCAUCAACAACAACAACAUCAAAGAGUGAACAGAUCAGAAUCAACGGCUCAGGGUCAUCAAGAAGUGGAGAUAAAUGGAGAAAGAGAGAAAGCAACGCAAGAGUGGCCGAGGAUCUACAUUGCUUUGUCUAGGAAAGAGAAGGAAGAAGAUUUCUUGGUUAUGAAAGGAACUAAGCUUCCUCAUAGACCCAGGAAACGAGCUAAGAACAUUGAUAAAGCCCUUCAGUUUUGUUUUCCAGGGAUGUGGUUAUCUGAUUUGACCAAGAACCGUUAUGAAGUUAGGGAGAAGAAAAAUGUGAAGAAGGUAAUUAACUUUACUUAACCCUUUUUUCAGUUCUUAGUUGUGUGAUAAUGACAAAAGAGAUAAAAGACUCUUCUUAAAAUAAGUAAGAUUAGUAUAAUAGAAGAAGAACAAAAGAUGGAAUGUGUUUAUAAAUGAAUCUAUAUAUAAUUAACAUAAUAUUUUUAUGUGAAAAUAUGUGGAAGAGAAGGUGGUGAGUUGUAGACAACAUUGGGUGGACCUUAAUAUUAUUUAUAACAUAAAAAUAAAAUGUAUUGUAAUGGAAUUCAGAAAAUGGACAAGACAUGGGACCUACUAUUCCACCUAAUGUAGAGAAUAAUGUACUGUUAUUGUUUAAUAUUGUAUCAAAUAAACCCAAGUGGUGGUGUCACUCUGCUUUUUUUAACAAAAUUGUGAAAAUCAUUUGAUCUUUUGUUUAUUUAUGUGAUCAGUUUAAUACACUAUAUUUAUUCAGUCAAAACCUGCAUUUUUAGUCUUGUUUUUUCAACUGAGUAUUGAUUAACAGGAAUGGAAACUGAUUAUAUAUUGAAUUGUAAAUGCAGCAGCAGAAACGGAGAGGAUUGAAAGGCAUGGAGAAUAUGGACACC